AAAAAAAAGCCGCGGCAGACGGGCUGUAGUCAACGCUAAUGAAUGAGAGGUCUGCGCGUGGAGUUGCGGCAAAUACGUAACGCGACUUUUGAUUUGGAACAUCUGAGAUUGGGAUCCUUCUUUCUUCUCCUUUCGACAAUUUACAUUUCUUUUUCGUUUCUAUCGAAAUAAGGGAUAUUUCUUUGCAGUGGUCUUAUUUAUCUGCUUGCCGAUAAGAACCAGGAAGGGAAUUUUCGCUUUUCAAUAAAAAUUUUCAAAUCAAGAAAAUUAAAAAAAAAAAAAGAAUACUGCAAGUCAUCGAUCGGGAAUGGUGAAGGAGACAGAAUACUACGAUGUGUUAGGGGUCAGCCCUUCCGCUACAGAGGCUGAAAUCAAGAAAGCUUAUUAUAUCAAGGCACGGCAGGUUCACCCAGAUAAAAAUCCAAAUGAUCCUCUAGCAGCACAGAAUUUUCAGGUGUUGGGAGAGGCUUACCAAGUAUUAAGUGAUCCGGCACAACGACAAGCAUAUGAUGCUUAUGGGAAAUCAGGAAUCUCAACUGAGGCAAUUAUUGAUCCGCA